AUGAUUGGAUCUAUAUUGAGCCGUAAGGCGUUGUCGCUCGCGGUCGUCUCUCUACUGGCCUCUUCUGCCGCUGCCGAUGUUUUUGAAAGUCUAUCAUCCGUUCCCAAAGGAUGGAGAUAUUCCCGCAAGCCGCGUGGCGACCAGCCCAUGAGACUGCAGAUCGCCCUCACACAGGGUGAUGCAUCUGGGUUUGAAGAGACUGUUCUGGAAAUGUCUACACCGAACCACCCUAGCUAUGGAAACCAUUUCCAAACACAUGAGGAGAUGAAGCGCAUGCUGCAGCCAAGUGCUGAAUCUUCUGACGCGAUCCGUGACUGGCUCGAAAGUGCUGGCAUCACACAAAUUGAACAGGAUGCCGACUGGAUGACAUUCUACACCACCGUGGACACCGCGAAUCAGCUGCUGGCAGCUAACUUCCAAUUCUACGUGAGCAAUGUCAAGCACAUCGAGCGCCUUCGCACACUGGAGUACUCCGUUCCGGAUGCCCUGAUGUCUCAUGUCAACAUGAUCCAGCCUACCACACGUUUCGGACAGCUCCGCAAGCACCGCACUACCCUGCACAGCGAGUCAAAGGAGACUGAUAUGGCCUUCCGCUCCGCCGCUAUGUCCGCUACCCCCGACUGCAACAGUGUCAUUACUCCGCAGUGCUUGAAGGACCUCUACAAGAUUGGCGACUACAAGGCCGACCCUAAGAACGGUAACAAGGCUGGUUUCGCUAGUUACUUGGAGCAGUACGCCAGCUACUCUGAUCUCGCACUGUUUGAGAAGAACAUUGCACCUGAUGCCAAGGGUCAGAACUUCUCCGUCGUUCAGUACAACGGUGGAGGAAAUGACCAGAACCCCAAGGGCGACAUCAGCGAGGCCAACCUUGACUUGCAGUACAUUGUCGGUGUCAGCUCCCCUGUUCCUGUCACUGAAUUCAGCGUUGGUGGCCGCGGUAUCCUUGUUCCCGAUCUCGACCAGCCUGACCCCAACGACAACAACAACGAGCCAUACCUGGAUUUCCUCCAGAAUGUGCUCAAGAUGGAUAACAAGGACCUUCCCCAAGUGAUCUCCACCUCUUACGGCGAGGACGAGCAGAGCGUUCCUGAGUCUUACGCCCGUACCGUGUGCAACUUGUACUCCCAGCUUGGCAGCCGCGGUGUUUCCGUCAUCUUCUCAUCCGGAGACUCUGGUGUCGGCGCCGCCUGCGUGACCAACGACGGCAAGAACACCACCCACUUCCCUCCCCAGUUCCCCGCUGCCUGCCCCUGGGUGACCUCCGUUGGCGCCACUUCCGGCAUCUCGCCCGAGCAGGGCGUAGACUUCUCAUCAGGUGGAUUCUCCGACCUCUGGGACCGCCCCACGUGGCAGGAAGAUGCCGUGGGUGGAUUUCUCGAUGUUCUUGGUGACCAGUGGUCCGGUCUCUUCAACGCCAAAGGCCGUGCCUUCCCCGAUGUCGCUGCUCAGGGCGAGAACUUCGCCGUUUACGUAAAGGGCUCUCUCAGCAGUGUUAGCGGAACAUCCGCCUCUGCACCUGUCUUUGCAGGUGUCAUCGCCCUCCUCAACGACGCUCGUCUGAAGAGCAACCAAUCCCCCAUGGGUUUCCUCAACCCGUGGUUGUACUCCACCGGUCGCGAUGGUCUCAAUGACAUCGUUGAUGGUGGCAGCACAGGCUGCAACGGCGCCGCCCGUUUCAACGGACCCCAGAAUGGGAGCCCCGUUGUCCCCUACGCGAGCUGGAACUCCACUGAGGGCUGGGACCCCGUGACUGGUCUUGGUACACCCAACUUCGAGGCCAUGCGCAAGUUGGCCAAUGCUGAAUAG